UCUGUGCAGCAUUACCAUCCAUGGUGACCAGGAGGAGAGGAGCGAGGCAUGCAGCAGUUCGCCACUUAGUCAUGUAGUCCAUUGUUUCCCCUUUAUUCCAACACUAUACUGUCUGUCGCUCUCCCAGGAUCGCUACCACUGGAAAAAACACAAACUCUUUUGGAAGACGCACAAACUCCUGACUCAUUUGCAAAGAAUCAGUGCAUGUGAAUACAGGAGCGGUUAACAUUGGCUUGGUCUCCUGCUCUCUCUUUGCCAACAUUUGGUUUAAGGGAAUUCUGUAUGUAAUUUGACUACAGCGGAGCCUCAGAAGUGGGAGGACCUCGAUUGGGACGAGAGUAAUCUUCUCGCACACUUUCACAGAGGAGAGAUCAUCUUUUCUCUGCAGUUUGAGGGAUCUUGACAGCUUCAUGUCGGACUAUUUAUUUUAUUAUUAACGGGAUUUGACUCACUAGUCCAGCAUGGCAGGAAUGUAUGGAUGCUUCAAGAGCAAAAAAAACCACACUGGUGAUUUACGCUGGAAGCCCUCUUCUGUUUACUAUGAAGCGGAGGAUGUCGCCUUGGGGAGCCGGUUUUGGAAGUGGGCGAAGCAGUGACGCUGCCGCCAUGGCAUCAGGACCUCCAGAUGUGAUGGCCAACCAGGAGUCUGCUGAGGUUGUGGAAGAGUGCUCAGGAAAGAAGAAGUCCAAGUUCCAGACAUUUAAAAACUUCUUUGCCAGGAAGAAGAAAAAGGAGGCGCCCUCUUCGGGGGAUCAUACAGAGCUUAAAGGCAGCCAGUCAAGCGACAAUAUCAGUAAAACAUCCGAAAACAAUGCACUCUGUCGCUCAGAGAAGGAGAGAGGCUCUGGGUCAAAGAUCAGUCUGGGUAGCAAGGCCUUGUCACAUGACUCCGUCUUCGUCUCAGAUUCAUCGGAGGCUAACGAGGCUCUGGGGGCAUCUCAGGACAGCAUUCAUGGAAAAGUCAAAUCUCUUCAGCUCCAGCUGAAGCAAGCCAUCCGUCUGGGCUCUCCUCCGUCCUUGAUGUGUGUCAAGAGGGCGGAGGAUGGCGGAACCAUGUCAGAAGAUGAUGGUCUACCCUGCAGCCCCCCCGAGUACACUUCACCUCACACAGCCCUGGCUCAGAGGAACAGCUCCAUUAGCCUGGAAGUAACAGACAGCGAUGAAGACCAGUUGUCCAGAGCAGGGAGCCCCCUUGUGUCGGUUCCUGGGGAUUUCAGUCAGCCUGCCAGCCCGUUUGGCUGUCUGGAUAACUCCGCUGCCAAACACAAGCUGGGUUUAAGACAGAAGGCCUGUAACAGGAGGAAACCUGCCAAUAGGAUUGAGGUCAAAGCAGAGGAACAUCAUGGCAUCAAUGGAUCGUUGAACAUUCCCUUCCCAGAAUCUUUGGAGGCACAAGAGGACGAGAAGAUGACAGAUGCAAGUGAGGAUGAGCAGGACCAGAAGAUGGAGAAGGAGGAAGAGAAAUCCUUGUUGCAAGAUGAGCAGGAGAGCAUGGAAGGAGAGGAUGAGUUGGAAGCAGAACAGGAUAUGUCACAUGGUCAGGAUACUUCCUGUCAAUCACAGGAGGGAGCUCCACCCUCUCCAAAGCGCAGCACCACCUCCUCUCUGGACAGUCCCAGAGCCUCACCAGAGCCCCCUACUGGCCAGAAAAAUCUCUUGGCCCAGCCACUUGCUGCAUGUGGAACAGAGGAAAACAUAGAUGGGCUAGGGCAGGCUGUGGAAGAAGACGGCUCCUUCUUACAGGAAGUGCUGAACUCCUUACCUUCCCGUUCCUCAUGUGUGGACUCUGAUGAUGUUGUCCUGGAGAUGAAGGAGGACGACCAGGAGCCAAAAGAGGAGGAGGAGAAAGAGGUGACGGAUGAAGAGCCUGUCUUUCAUCGAGAUGCUCCAUCUGAUGCCCUCCUUUUGGGUCAUACCACUGAGGAAGAGGAGGAGGAGGAAGCUCCCCAGAGUGCUCCUUUAAGUCUAUAUGCCAAUGAAGAGGAGGAAAGUGAAGAUAAUGAAGAGGAGGACGAAGAAGAAGAGCUGGUCGUGGAAAGAUUCAGUCAACCUUGUCUGGAGGACAAAGGAGAUAAAGUGUUGCCACAAGAAGAGAAACCUGAAAAACAAGACUGGCUCCAAAGGAGACCUGACCAACAGGAAGAGCAGGAAGCGAUUACAAGUGAUGAAGAUGUGCAAGAAGAGGAGGCAACAGAGCUGGAGGAAAAGGAGGAAGGUGGAGAGUUGAGAGAGGAAGAGGAGAUGGAGGAGAAACAACAGAUCGCGGAGGGGAUGACUCCUGAUGCAGCAGGCAGAGAUGUUUGCAAAGCUCCCCAACUGCAAGAGGAAGUGGAAGGUGCAGAAGCACUGGCGGGAGAUGAUGCCAUCUGCAACGCACAAUUCACACACGGUAAAGAUGGAACUCCUCCAGAAUGGAGUGGCGCCGUACACGAGAACCAAGCGACUUCUCGUGAAAAUGAUGACUAUGAAAGGAACGAUGGAAAAGACGAAGCCGCGGAGGAUGAAGACUUAAACAUGCAUUCAGAAGGAGAGGAUGAUUUGGAGGUGAAACAGGACAUGGAUGAAGAUCUGGAGCAAGAAGAAACAGAAGCGGCGCAAACCAGAUCACACAUGACUUCUUUUUCUCUGCACUUUGAGUCAUCUUCACGAGAAAAUGCCAUCCCUCUAAGUGAGACCAUCACUCCCACUGAGAUUAUCCCUCUAAGUGAGACCAUCACUCCCACUGAGAUUAUCCCUCCAAGUGAGACCACCACUCCAAUUGAGACCAUUACUCCCACUGAGUCCAUUAGUCCUAGAGAAACCAUUACUCCAACUGAGGCCAUCCCUCCAAGUGAGACCAUCACUUCCAUUGAGACCAUCUCGACCACCACUAUCCACAGGAACCCUGUCUCUCCAAACUGCGAGACAGGAGGCACCUUGGCCUUACAUCUGUCCCCAACUGAUGAGGAAUCGUCACCGUCUUACUUUAUAACAACAGAACAUGUUGAAGAAGCAGCUGACAGGGUGAUAGAAGCAGUUGCUGAUGAAGACCAGGUAUCUGAUGCAACAGCUGUUGUGGACGGAGCCAGCCCUCCUUCACCUGAGGAAGAAGGAGGGGAAGAUCUGUCCCUAGGUGGUUCCGAUCAGAGCAAAACCCGCUUCACCAUUGCUCCUGCCUGGCAGAGGUCUCUCUCUGGGGGAGAUUCAAAAGACACCCCUUUCUCUUUCCAACCCCCCGACACAGGCCCUGGAGAUGAAGAUAGUGAGGCAAGCAUCAAGAAGGACCUCCUUGUAGAUGCACAGCCAGCUGCACUGGUGGUGGUGACUUCUGGUAAUACAAAAGUGGCUGGUGGUCCCGCUGUCAAACCUCCGAGAACCGUGUCCCAGGACCCAGUUAGAGCUCAAACCACUGCUGUUGCAGCUAAAGAAGAGAGUUCUGUGGUGGUGGAGGGAAGCUACGACACUCCCUUCGGAGUCCGACUCAGGAAGACAGCAGUUCUUCACUCCUUCAGCUCUGAGGUGGAAAACACAGAGGCACCUGCUGAACUUCCAGCUCAGCCAGUUAGCUCUAAAGUUGAGGCAACUGCCAGUUUCAAACACUCCAUUAGUCCACCGAUCAGCAACAAACCUGCCCUCCCCAAGAAACCAGAUGUUCAUGGAGACAGUGGAGUGAAACCCAAACGUGUCACAGAGCCUGCUGCGGUCCGUGGCGUUUCUACUGGAUCUGAGUGUCCCAGCUGGAUCUCUGUGGCCAGACAGAAACAGAAGACCUAUAAAGAAAACUCACUGGAUGAAAUGACAGUCAAGAAGGAGGAACAAGAGCAGAAGUCUCCACUGCCAACGUACGUCAGCUCUGCUGCAAAAAAGGAACUCAGCAACACAGCCCCCGAAUUCACUGGAAAAGUGAGUUUGUCAGAGAUCAGUAAGCUGUCAUCAUCUACAGAAAAGGAGACCAGGAAGUCUCUGCCACCUCCCACUCCGGUUCCACCUCAGCCUCCUAAAUCUCAACCGCUGGCCUGCGCUGUGACCCCUAAACCACUAGCUCCCCUGGUCACCCCCAAACCUGCACCACAGCCUGCAUCCUCCCAUCGAUCACUGUCCUCUUCGACUCCAGUUCCCCUAAAAUCUCCCACAAGUGCAAAUCCGCCCGCCCUCUCCAAAACCACCCCCUCACCCAAGCCGACACUCGCAUCACCUCCUUUUUCAUCAAGAAUCAACCCCCCCCUCCCGGGGCCAAGAGCUCCAGCGCUUUCCAGUCCAUCUCCAAUAUCCCAGCGUGGUCUUCCACCUCCGUCUCUGCCCCAGGAUGAGCCACCUUGGAUGGCUCUGGCCAAGAAGAAGGCCAAAGCUUGGAGCGAGAUGCCUCAGAUCGUUCAGUGACACCGUGGCUUGCCAAAGGUCUGGUACUUGACUCUACUAACAGACUGGAUGGACCACAAUUUGCACAUGAAGAAAUGCUCUCUCUUGCUUUCUUGUUGUUUUUAAGCAUCUCUCAGUCUUCCAAAUGAGACCAAUCACGCUAAUUCUUCAUAACUAGAUGUUGUACAGCAUUAAUGACAUUCAUCCAUAUGUGUGCACUUUUAGGUCAUUAUAAGGUGCCUAAUUAAGGGAAAAGAUAUAACCGGCGAGAAAGGACAUGGUGAGAAAGGACAAAGGAGUUCCUGGACCACAAUGAAUGGAAUAAAAAGUACAAUUAUGAAGAAAAAAAAGGCAGAAGUCGUAAGGUUAUGAGGGGAAAAGUAUUGUUAAAACGAAGUGUUUUUUUUAAGAAAAAAAGUAAAAAUCCCUACACAAAUCUAAAUGCAAAGUCAGCCACUGUAACUCACAGCGACUUCUGAAUUACAGUACAGGUAGUUAAUAUAAGUUGAUAUUUGUUCAAAAACUAGGGCUGUCAAAAAUACCGCGUUAUCUGUGGUAAUUGCAUUUACAUUGUUUCCAUAAUUAGCAGCAAGCCACACCUCUCUGUUAUGAUGGCGGACAGUGGCACAGCGUUGUGUCACACAGAGUCGGAUGCUCUUUCAGAACUUUAUUCCGGUCUGAACACAUCAACAGCAGUGCAAUUCCAACACCGUAUAUGUAUCUCCAACUCACAAACACGCCUCUGGUCCAUUCGCCCUCCGAACAACGCUUCCUCAUUCUCACUAGACAACCAUGAGGUGCAUUCAUGAACACAUUGCCUUUAUUAUGCGCGUAUAUAUACUGUAUAUAUAUACAUAUACAGUAACAAUAUAUUUAUUACCGUAUAUGUUAUGUAAUAUAUACAGAUAUAAUAUGUAUAUAAUAUGUCCAUGCAUCCAUUUUCUAUAUCGCUUCCCCUCACUAAGGUCGUGGGGGUACGCUGGAGCCUUUGGGCGAGAGGGGGGGUGCACCCUGGACUGGUCGCCAGCCAAUCGCAGGGCACAUAUCGACAACUAUUCACACUCACAUUCAUACCUAUGGACAAUUUAGAGUUGCCAAUUAACCUAACAUGCAUGCAACAUGCACGCACGCACGGAGAGAACAUGCAAACUCCAGACAGAGAUGCCCAAAGGAGAUUUGAACCCAAUGUGUGGCCAACAUGCUAACCACUCGGCCACAAUGUGAAUUUUUCACACAUAGUUCCAAAUGGUGAUUAAUCAUGAUUAAUUUCAAAUGUUUGAUUAAUCGGAUAAAAAUUGUUAAUCAUUUGACAGCCCUAUGAAUAACACUUGAAUUGCAUAAGCUCUUCAACUGUUGUCACCUUAACAAGCGUACUGUACUUUUAUGCUUAUAAUAUUACAGCUUAAUUCUAAAUAUCAUAACAUUUGUUCAUAGGAUUACAAUGUUAUUUACAUUAGAGCAUUUUUUUCUUGAUUAAAAUAUAACAUAAUGACAUACACUACUCACGAAAAAGUAUUUCUGUAUACACUACGCACAAAAAGUUAGGGAUACAGCCGUCCCUCGCAAUAUCGCGAUUCGAUUAUCACUCCCUCACUAUAUUGCGGUUUUCAGAAAUGAAUUAAUAAAUGGUCGCUGUUUCGUGGUAGACUGUGGUUUAUUAUUAGUCCAAACAUAUUAGAAAUAGAUGUGAUAUGUAGUAUUCUGGUCACUAGGUGGCAGUAAUGACGCAAAACAUUGAGACAUUACGUUAGAUGACAUUACCUUAACACUGCAUGAAGUCAGCUAUGGCGUAUCCGACAUGAUAGAGUGAAAAAAGUUCUCCUGCCGCUCCGUGUGGAAGUGGUACGUUUUUGCCUUAAGCUUAGAAGAAAUAAGGCUAACUGAUUUAUAUACUUCUCCUCUUUCCCCCCCCAUUCCCAAAAACUAUAGAGAUAGAAAUUACAUCAUCUAUCAUGUUUUUCUUGUAUCCAUGGUGUAAGUGGACAAUUUAUGAACCCUCUUUUCUUUGUUAAAUAAAUUACUUUACGUUUUUUUUCUCACUGAAAAAAUACACACAAAAGCAUUUUCUAGGAAGAUAUGUUUGGAUGGAUGGCAUUUCUCCGUUUAGAAAAAAAAAUCUACUAAUCCACUAGAAUAAUCCAUCAUUGCACUCUGCUUAUUGUUUGUUUACAUUGAAAUAUCGCUGCAUUUUAUGUGGUUUAUUCUAUGUGUUUAUGUAUUUAUACGUAACCGGAUAUGACGUUUACGUCCGCGCUACGUGCAUUGCGUACGUUUUUACGUAGGUCAGUCUUGGUGGAUGUCAUAAGACGAUAGAAACAUCCGCAUGCUAACAAAAUAUUUUAACAAGAUUCAAUCAUAAAAUAACCUCCCAGUAUAUCACAUAUAAGAAGUAUGGUUAUUAACCAUUUAUGUUCAUACAUUUCAAAAAUAAUAAUUACCACGUGACGUCGCAGAAGCGCUGUGGUAAGAAUUUGCUAAAGGAGAAGGUGGUGCAGUCAUCGCGCAUGCGCGGCCCCCAAGAUUGCGUUCCGGGUACGUAUUGCGUAGUGACAGGCCGUCUCGAGUCCCUGCAGCGUAAACCAUUGAUCAAUGUGUUGUAAACAAAGACUAAUAGGAGUGUAAAGGUGACUAUUAGUCUGUUAUUUCAUAUCUACAUGGCUCUAAUUAUGUAAAAAAAAACACAUUUAGAAAGUCAUAAGCAGGUUUUCUAUGCUCUAACUGCAAAAAUAUAAAAUGUAUUAAUAUUGAGUUCUGUAUCACAGAAAUUCAUUUAUUGCUGUCGGGUCUGGAACCAGGGAACGAAGGACGACUUGUUGGGCUUCCGGGUAAAAUUUCAGGACGACGCCAAAAUGCACUAUAACCUUUACAGGUGAUCUUAAUUUGACCUUUUCUAAAGUAGUGCAUUUUAGAAUCUUCCUGAAAUUUCACUCCAAUGCCCAUUGUCCCAACUUUUUGUGACUCGCGUGUAUCAAGAUAUUUUUUACUCUUAAUAUUUUGGCAUCCUCAUUAUAAUUCUAUGAAUUUACUGUCAUAGUUGUAUUUUUUUUUCUUUCCAUUGUGGUCGUAAUACUCCUUGCUAAGGGGUGGAGACAUCGCAAAGUGUUUAGUAGCACACCGUUACUUGUCACGGAAACAAGGCUAUGAGAGGCAAUGUUCAUUUUGCAUCCGUGUGUGCAAGUGCUUAUUUUUGGAGCUCAUAUUUUUAAAAGCGUGUGGACCACAUUUAUUUCAGAAGAUCAUACGAUGUUAACUGAACGUGAUGUGCUGAUCUCCACCUGCAAGCUCUUAAGGCGAAUAUUAAACUUUUUCGAGGGUCUGUGUAUUUUUCAGUCUUUCUUUUCGGUAUUUUCAAACCACAAGUAACAGUGUGUCAGCUUCUUUCAAGGAUCUUAAAACUUUUUAACGAUGAUUUAAGUCUCUCUUUUUUUUUUUUUAGUAUUUUUUUUUACUA